AUGCGUAUUGAUCCGCAGAGGAGAAACACCCUCCGCAGCCGGCGCAAACGUGAUGGCGGGAUCCUCGAAGACGUGUUGUCCGAGCUAGGUGUUGAGGAACACGGUGCAUGUCGGGAAGUAGGGAGCUUCGACGGCGCGGUCGACUUCGAUAUCAAGGUCAGAGCCAAUGACGAGCCUGUUGAAAGCGGCAUCACCGCUGUUUACAUGUUCAAGCCGAUUCAAGAGGCACCUCCUCGGACAGAGAGACACAAAGAGCAAGCGGUCACCGGUGCAGGCCCCUCGUCCGGCGUGCCACAGCAUCUCAACGACGAAAGCGAUACCUCUAUCUUCUCAGGUACUCGAGUCUCUUAUGCGACAACAUGGAUCAUCGAAACACCUCCCUCGACGCCUACAACCAUCUCGAGCUCGCAACGUGAUCCUCACGCUGCUGACUCAGCCAACAGACGGAAAAUACCAAAGCUGAAGCAUCUCUUUCGACGUCAAGAGAAUGACUGGACGGCCCACAUGAAAAAAGCCAACACUCUCGACGAUCUCUUGGCUCUGCAAGGCAUCGCAAUCUCCAAUGACUCCCAGCAGUCGACAAUGGAUUCGCAUGCAGACAACGACGGAACAUCGACUCGUGGCUACAUGGGAAAUGCGGAAGCCUACAUUGAAGCCUUGCGAGACACGCGCAACGCCCAAAGCCGUGCUUGUCAGAAGCGGCAGAGUUUGAGAAAGCAAGGACUGCCGUACGAGCACAUUGUUCCCCCGCGUUUAAAGGACGUGCUUGCGGAGAGAGGUAUACCGAACCCCAUCAAGCGUCCUCGCUCUCAGGUCGUUCUACCACCGCCAGAGAUUUUUCGCAAUAUCGAGGCCUCGACAAACGUUGACAUGCCGCAGUCAACGACGUCUCAGACGCGAUUCGACGACGAGGCUAGUCGCAGCCAGCGACAGUAUUCCGAAUCAAUCUUUAGCAAAAAACAGAUUUCUGUAUCUUGUCUGUCAGUGUGGGACAAAAUCGAUCUUUCCGACCCGCUUCAAGACGAUCCGUCGAUGCUUGUUGACGACGACGACGGUUCAACACGUAGCUCGUCGACCUCAGACUCCAACUGCGAGAUGCGAACUUCAGGACCGCGGAGAGUAUGGGAUGGAUUCCAGAGGAACAAGGAAAUGUAUCUGCGACUGGCUGGACGCAGCCAAGAAGAGAUCCAAGCGAGGAUGACCGCUCCCAGUAGCAGUCGGAAGAGGAAGCCCGCUUCCACGAACACAUGGACCUCCACUCCGGCAAAGCUGAGACGGCUCAAUAUCCCGGACCUCCUCCAUCCGACACCUUCGCCUACGCCAACGGCAGACGUUUCACCUACGUUACCUCCAUGCAGUCGACGUUGGCCGGAAAACUUUCCCUCAUCGAUGCCGCUCCCUACUCCUCCUCUUUCCCUCGCCUGCACUCCAGGUUCGGUGGAUGUGACCGCGAUCGACUCCGCCAUAGCAGCUGCCUGUACACGCCUGAGUCAGUCUCCGGGUCGACCCGAGCGCGUCACAGGGCAUUUCGAUAGAUUUGACCAGGACUUGCCUGACGCUAGCGAUUGGAAGACGGCCACGGAUCGGAUACUGAGGUGUGCGGAGGACUUGUCGGAAGCAGUAGGACGGACGAUGGAGAUGCUCAAACGGAUGGGCGGUCAAGAUGGCCGCUAG